UUGAAGGGAAUCUAUCUCACGGAUCUGAUACAAGCAUAAGGAGACAUGGGGGAAAAAUUGAAGAUCUGUCUAUUAGCGCUAUCUAUCUUAGGAGCAAAUGCAUUGGACUUGGACAUCAAGGACAAGAGUUCCAGACUCAAAAAGCAAUUCGGCCUUUUCAACGUGAUCCAAUUCGACAACCAACCCUGUCAAAUAGCGUCCAGUAAUUCUGUUUCGGGAACGUGCUUCAGUGCCAGCGAUUGCCAAGCUCGUAGCGGUUUGGUUGAUGGCAACUGCGCUUCAGGGUUCGGAGUUUGUUGUGUCUUCAUGCUCACUUCUUGUGGAGGAACAGUAACACAAAAUACAACGUUUGUGAGGAAUCCAGGUUAUCCUCAAUCUGAUACAUCAGGGAUUAUGUCUUGCACUUAUACCCUCAAUCGAAUCGUGAAUAACGUUGUCCAAAUACGCUUAGAUUUCAUUGAUGUGGUGACCAAUGCGAUGGGUCCAUUGCCAGGUGCUUGCGGAGGAACGGCCGAUUCCAUAACCGUAACGAGCCCAUUUUCAGCGAGUGCUAACGCCUUUCCACCCACAAUCUGUGGAACAUUGACUGGACAACAUAUGUAUUUCGAAACCGGAAGCACUGGACUUAUUGCCGGCACAAUGACGAUUGCGAAAGGCACCACAGGCACCACAAUGACGACGCCUGGAGUUACAAUGCCCAUGCUUGAUCGACGGUUCAAUAUCCAAGUCACUUAUUUAACGCCAGGCCUUUUAAUAAGAGCCCCGCCUGGAUGCACGCAGUAUUUUACGGAAUUCUCCGGCACCAUUCAAUCUUAUAACUUCGCAGGUGGACAACUUCUUGAAACCCAAAUGUAUGAUAAUUGCAUUCGUCGUCAUCCAGGAUUUUGUUCAUACCGGGUGAUGCAGUCAAACCCGACGUCAUUCAGUCUCUCUGGCGAUGCCAAUGUUAUAAAAGCCAUGGCCAAAUGCAUGGGGAAUAACCAUAUCAUCAUUCCAAAUGAUGUCAGGAAGACCUCAGUGGCUUAUGAUAAAGCGACGAAAACCUCAACAUUAAUGUCGGUGUCUUUCGGUGAUUUGAGAUGUGGACAAAUCCUCAGUGCCUUCGAGGAUGAUAGCAUGCCUGGAUCUGUUCAAUCUGACUUGAGCUUCCCUUUGACCCUUGGUGUGAGGACUUUGAGAGCCACUGAUCAAUCAAAAACAGCACUCCAAAUGAGGAAGGGGUUCUCUGUGGAUUACACUCUUGUAGCUUGUUGAAUGCAUUAAUUACUUAGUUGAUGUAUCCAUACUUGAAACUAAAGUAAACGCAAAUAAACUUUCUGCCAACACA